AUGGUGCAAACAAGUCCCACCCCAUUCGAUGUGGGCCGCGCAUUCGUCCAUCAGUAUUAUACACUAUUACAUCAAGCACCUCAUAUGCUUCAUCGAUUUUAUUCAACGGAUAGUACAUUCAUUCAUGGUGGUGUCGAUCGACCAGGUUGUGUUGAACAACCAGCUGUAGGACCGGAUAAUAUAUCCCAACGAAUAAAUGAUCUUAAUUUACGUGAUUGUCACGCUAAAAUUCGUCAGGUUGAUUCGCAUCCAACUAUUGGCGAAGGUGUUGUCGUUCAGGUUACCGGUGAAUUAUCAAAUAAUGGUGAUCCAAUGCGUCGUUUUAUGCAAACAUUCGUAUUGGCACCACGACAACCAAAAAAAUAUUACGUACAAAAUGAUAUUUUCCGUUAUCAAGACGAAGUUUUUGAUGAUGGAUCCGAUGAAAUAGAUGAAGAUGAUCGAUCUAGUUCACAUAUUUAUGGUGAUAGUACUUCGAAUGCAGACAAGGCUUCAAAUGCUGACUCAUCGGCAGCUGUAGUAGGAAUUUCACAACAGCCAUUACUUGCGACAGCUACUGUACGGCCAACACCGAUGGAAGAACAGCAACCAUUACCACCUCGUAAUGGUACACAAACACUGGCUGGUAAUCAACAACAAACUGUUCGCCAACAGGAACAUCAACAGACUGGCUCAACUAAUGUGAAUGGUUUUUCAACUGCUAAUAUUGUUGAACCCACUGGUUAUGGUGGUAUUGUUCAUUCACACUCUCAACAAGCUGAAACAGUUCCAGCUAACUCACGGCCAAUAAACCAUCAAGUUCUACAAGAAAAGCAACAACAAACAAAUGGUAGUAAUGUACCAAAUCAACAACCCGUUAGACAAACUGCAGCUACUCAACACUCAUCAUCAACAACAGAAGGACAACGACCCGAAGGAAAAUCAUAUGCUGGAAUUGCUAAAUUACAUUCAUUGACUGGCCCUUCAAUAACUGCUAAUUCAACUACAACCACUGCUCCACGUGUUGUUCCAUCUCCGAGUGCAGUUCCACCGACAAACGCUCAACCAACAAAUGCCGAUCGAUCAUCAGUAAAAGUUCCGUCAACAACAGCUAACCGACCAAGUAACAAUCCUCAAUCUGGUCAAUCAUCAUCACGAGGUGGCGGUAAUUAUUAUCCAUCAAAUAGUCGUGGUUCAAAUGUAUCAACAGCACCCAAUGAACAACAAGUAUUUGUUGGUUCAUUACCAUUGGAAUUCUCAAAAGACACAUUGAUAGAAUGCUUUAAAAAAUAUGGCAAAGUUCUCGAUGCUAAAAUUCAUACACCAGCUCAUGAUAUUAAAAGGAAUUUUGGAUUUGUUGUUUUUGAAAAUCCAGAAAUUGCAACAUAUGUCGUCAGUUUGGCACAUGUAAUGUACGAUGACACAAUUCGUUUGAACGUUGAACCGAAAACUCAACGAAAUUAUCAAUCAAAUAAUAACGCGGGUGGAAAUUUUAAUAAUGGACCACAAGGUGGAGGUCGCAAUAAUAAUUAUCAGGGAAGAGGCAGUGGUCGUGGUGGAAACCGAGCACCUUAUCGUGGUGGCGGCGGUAAUAAUCCAAGACGUGGUGGUGGUAGUGGUUCAUUUAAUAAUCAUUCAUCAUCUAUUGGUGGAGGGGAUGAGAAUAACAACGAAUAUCGCACUAGCAAAGCUCAACAACCAGUACCACAGCAGUAA